GUAUCGCGUCUAUGUGUUUAACUCUGUAGUAACCGGUGAGAGAGAACACGGGGCUCAUGACUGACUUACUGAUGCUGCGGGCCAUCCGGGGGAGAGCCCGGACCCUGAACCUCAAUGGGAAAAGAUUACAACGUGUCCCCGGGGCUGUGGGCGACCUCCCCCAGCUGACGGCGCUGCACCUGAAGAAUAACGCGCUGUGCCAGCUGCCCGGAGAGGUGACGGCGCUGAGCAAUCUCACUAUUCUAAACUUGGGGAACAACCAGUUUACAAAAGUCCCUGAAGAGCUGAAGUACUUACACUCCUUACAGAUCCUACACAUGUUUGGGAAUGGAAUCACCGAAAUACCUCCGUGUGUGUUUGAUGGAUUACAGAAUCUUUUAUGUCUAAAUUUGAAUAACAAUCUCAUUGAGAAUCUUCCUGUGGAAAUACAAAAGCUGCAAUGUCUUGAAAAGCUGAGCAUAAACAAGAACUGCCUGCAAGAAAUUCCCAGAGAGUUGUGUAUCCUACAAAAUCUUUCUGAAUUGCAUCUUGGGAAUAACCGGCUGGAGACUCUACCAGAGCAGAUCGCCUACCUGAGCAAUCUGAAGGAGCUGCGGAUUUAUCGGAACCAUCUGAUCGGCCUUCCAGAGGGACUUUGCAGGUUGAAAAAGUUGAAAAUACUGGAUGUUGCAGGAAACCAAAUACAGGCAUUUCCAUCAAGAAUGCAUGAAGUCCCCAUACAAGAACUGUACUGUGAAGAAAAUCCACUGCUACGAAAAGAACCAGUGUCUGCCAUUCAGGAUGAAGAAAUGUUGUCCCUGAAGGAAAUAACAGCAAGACUUAUUUUAAGUCAUCUCCAGAAUAGAAGCUCCUUAUUAUUGCGAGAACAAAUCAAGUAUUAUCCAGAUGCUAGAAGACUGCUCUCUAGAAGAAAUGUUUGUGCCCUGUGCGGAAAGUGGUUUCUGGAUAUGUGGCUGGAGUGUGUAAAGUUUGUGGAUGUUAAAAAGAAAAUGAAGACCUCAAGCAAUCUGCAACUCCUACCAGUGAGGCUUUUCCUUUGUUCAUACCAAUGCUUUAACCAGAGACACAGUGAUGUUUUUGGAGUAGCUGUUCAGUGAGCGGCCUAAUAUAGUUUUUUUUUAAUUUGAUUUGAUUUUUUCUUUUUUUCUUUUUUAUACAUUUUAUACAGUAUGCUUUAAACAUUGUAUA